AUGCAGGGUUCUGGAGGGCUGGAUGCCCUGAACAACGUUCUGGACGACACCGAUGUCCACAGAAUACCGAUUCGAAUCAAGCCCUCUCGACGUUGUGUUCAAGAGCCAGAAGCUGAAGUCGCCAAGCCGGAACGGCGAGUAGAACCAACACCACCAAGCCGGAACGGCGUGCAUUACAUCACGAACGGUGGCUGCCCCUUCAGAACGAAACGAGCAGCCAGGAAGGAAUCGCCCAGAGAAGACGUGCUCAAGGCCGAGCUUGCCCUGUGCUUCGAGGAAGCCAGCCGAAGAUUAUUGACCAGCUCUCGGAACCCUACAGACGGACUGGACGCGAACGCAGCGACGGCGUCGGAAGCGAAAUGCGCGUCGUCGCCGCUUUGCCGGCACCGCGGCGCAAAGCGGUGCGACGCCUCCCGUCCUUUCCGCGAGGCUGACGGCAGGUGCAACAACGUCGAGCAUCCCGAAUGGGGAGCCGCGGGAGCCUGCAUGAGGCGGCUGCUGCCACCGGCCUACGCGGAUGGUGUCAGCUCUCCGAGGGUGUCGUCGAGGAGCGGACGUGCGCUGCCCAGCGCUCGCCGGGUGUCCUACACCGUGCACCCCGAGCGGAAGGUCUACGACGGCCGUUGGUCCUCGAUGAUGGUGCACUUCUCGCAGUUCGUCGCGCACGACAUCAGCGCGACCUUCUUGGUCGACAAGGAAGGCCCCGAGUUCUCCGAGAACCUGGGACGUGACACGUACGAGUGCUGUGGCGCGAACGCUAGUGUGAACCCCGAGUGCUUUCCCAUUGACGUACCCGCCGAGGAUCCCUUCUACAGUCGCUACGGGAGCCGCUGCAUGAACUUCAAGCGAUCGGCUCCGUGUCUCACAUGCAGAAUGGGACGUCGGGACCAAGUUAACUUUGUUACAUCGUACAUCGACGGCUCGCCAGUUUACGGGGCUAACGAAAAUCAGACGCGAGGCCUUCGUCUUCUAAGGAGCGGUCUACUUAAGGAACAACUCGUCAAUGAUUCAAGACUACUGCCCGCAAGUUCACGACCCCGGAUUGACCAAUGCAGUAAAUUGAGAGAACGCCGUUUUUGCUUCGAGGCCGGAGACCGCAGACUGAACCAGAACUCUGGCCUUUUACUGAUGCACACGAUGUGGUUCAGGGAACACAACCGCGUAGCGAGAAAAAUGGCACAAAUCAAUCCUCACUGGGACGAUGAACAACUAUUUCAAGUUUCCAGACGAAUCGUGGAGGCACGUUUGCAGCACACCGUUUAUAACGAACUCCUUGGAGAACUCUUGAGCCCUGAAGGUGUUCAGCAGAACCAACUGAGUCCCUUAAGCGAGGGUUACACCACAUACGACGCUGCAGUGGACGCUACUGUUUACAACGAGUUCACAACGGCAGCGCUUAGGCUGGGUCACUCAAUAAUUGACGACGACAAUGAGACAGUACAUCUUCCCGGAGAACAUGAGUGGCGCUUACCGUUGCGCCUCAACUGGUUUAACCCUUUCGCCUUUUACGGUGCUCACGUCAUGGAUGCCGUCACCGCCAGCAGGUUGCGGAAGCCAUCUCAGAAGAUUGACAGAUACGGCACUCACGAUGUGACCAGGCACGCAUUCCGGCGCCCGGACGGCCCGAAGCCCUUCGGCGUCGACCUGUUCGCAUUCGACAUACAGCGAGGUCGCGACCAUGGACUAAGACCCUACGUCGACUACGUGCGCCACUGCGCACCGGACGUCCCGUUGGAUGAAUUCGAACACCUCGAAAGGCUCAUGCCCAGAGACGCGGUGGAGCUUUUUGCCGGCCUCUACGAACUGCUGGCCCGUUCCAUCGAAAAGAACAGAAGGCACCUGAUGUGGUGUGGCAAUGCACCUGAUGUGAUCGUGUGCGACAGCGACGUCGGGGACGUGGACCUGUUCUCUGCUGGCCUGGCGGAACGCACAAUGCCUGCGUCCAUGGUGGGGCCCACGUUUGCCUGCCUGAUCGGCCCCAUGUUCCGGAGGCUCAAGUAUGGUGACAGGUUCUACUACGAACAUGGCGGGCAGGCUGGUUCCUUCACUCCAGGUCAGCUUAGGACGAUACGGCAAACUCUGCUAGCCCAUGUAAUAUGUGCCAACAGCGACACCAUUCAGGAAAUUCAACCCAGUGCACUGAGGCUUGAGGGGCCUGGAAACGAAUUGACGGACUGCUCGAAGCUCACCGAUAUCGACUUCCUGCAGUGGAAAGAAAUAAAAUGA